AUGCUUCGAAUCAAACGUGAUGUAUCAGUAUCUGGUAUUUUUGCACAAGAACAAUCACAGUAUGUACCUUUAAAACGAGUGAGUGUUGACUCAACAAUUCGGGCAUUUGCUGCUGAUGUGACUAUUACACAAAUAUUUCGAAAUGACGAAACAGUGCCAAUCGAAGCAGUUUAUUGUUUUCCGAUUGAAGAACAAGCAGCGAUUUACAAAUUUAAAGCUCAGAUAGAUGAUCGAGAAAUUAAUGCUCAGUUGAAAGAGAAGAAAGAAGCACAACAAGAAUAUAACAAUGCUCUGCAGCAAGGUCAUGGUGCUUAUCUAUUAGAACAAGAUGAAAAGUCUCAGGACUGUUUUAUUAUUAAUGUUGGUGCUUUACCACCAUCGAAAGAAUGCACGAUUACUAUUGGUUACGUAUCAGAAUUAAAUCUUGUUCAUAAUUCAACUAUUCAAUUUGUUGUACCGACGGCAAUUGCACCACGUUACAGUCCCGACAAAAAUGGAAUCGCAUCACCAGCAGGCACUACUUCUAAAUACGUUCAAGUGAGCCCAUAUACCAUCGAUUUUCGUUGUUAUAUUGAAAAAACAUUGGGAUCUCAAAAGGAACAAAUUACUCGAGUUAGUUCACCAUCACAUUCAAUUGAAAUCAAUCUUGCUCAAGAAGAUGCUUAUGUGGUGACAUUCGCUCAGGAGAAUACUCAUUUAGAUCGAGAUAUUUUAAUUAAUAUUCAACUUUCUGAUCAACGAAAUAGUACCAUUACAGCAGUAGAAUCUGGUGCAGUAAUGGCUACUUUUCUUCCAACUGAAAAUGAUUGUCAUCAAGCAUUGAGAAAUGAUGAUUUAACUAAUGAAUUUAUUUUUAUUGUCGACUGUAGUGGAUCAAUGCAGGAUGAAAAUAAAAUUGGAUUAGCUCGACAAGCUAUGUUACUCUUUUUCAAAAGUUUACCUGUUAAUUGUUAUUUCAAUAUAGUUCGAUUUGGUUCUCAAUAUGAGACUCUAUUCAAUGAAAUUACUGCAGUUUACAACGAAAACAACGCUCAACAAGCCGAACAACUCAUUAAACAGAUGCAAGCCGAUCUCGGCGGAACCGAACUAUUGCGACCUAUACAAUGGCUUAAAGAAAAUGUACCUAGUCAAGGCCGUGCACGUCAAGUAUUUCUUUUAACCGACGGAGAAAUUUCUAAUGUGACAGAAGUACUUGAUCUCUGCCGAUCAAUGGCGACGUCUACUCGUAUAUUCUCGUUUGGAUUAGGACAAUCUCCUAGUCGAGCAUUAGUAAAAGGUCUCGCUCGUACGACUAAUGGUCGGUUUGUUUUUAUUCCACCUAAUAGUAGCGUCGAUUUAUAUGUUGGAGAACAAUUACAAAAAGCACUUCAACCAUGUAUUACGAAUGUUCAUGCCAAAUGGAAUCUUGGAACUCCAGUUCAAACUGCUCCUACUCAAUUACCACCAGUUUAUGUUAAUGAUCGUUUGAUUGUUUAUGCUUUGCUCGAAGACAAAACGGUUCCUUUUGAUCACAACUCGUCUGUCGAACUACAAAUUGGUUCUGAACAUCGUUCAAUAGGCAUGGCCAAAAUCAACCAUAUACCCAGUGUGAGUAGUAAUGAAACAAUCGCUCGUCUAGCGGCUAAAGCACUCAUUCUUGAAUUACAACACGCUAAACUACCGUCAUCGAACACGAAAACUGGUUCGACACAGGCAAGAUUUCAAGAACUGCAAAAAGCGAUGGAGACCAAAGAGGAAAAGAUGGAAACCUCAUCGGAAGAGACGACCAAACAACGUAUUAUUACAUUAUCACUGAAGUAUAACAUAUUGAGUCCUCUUACAGCAUUUGUUGGAAUUGAGAAACGAACGAAUACAAGUAAGACCGACAUGAUCCUUCGAGAAGUACCCAUUCAAAUUUCUGCGGACGAUCAGCACUUGCAGAGAUCCGGUAGUGGACGUGGUUUUGGUGGGCUUGGCCUUGGUAGGGGAGGCGCUCUUAGACAUCGGAAGAUUUUACCUGAGGGCAUACAAAGUCGUCGUCGUGUGACACGCUCUGCGACAGCAUAUGCUUCUAAUUCAAAUCUGAUGUUGUCAAAGAAGAAACAAAGACUGGUGGGAGAACCUACGGUGAAUCAACACCAUGUAGCAAUGAUGUCAGCAGAAGCAAGUGCCUUGGAAGAAGAUGACGCUGAUGAUUUCUCCGACACAAUAUCGAAAAAAAAGAAGAUAAAGUCGCCGAUAAAAGAAAUAUGGCCAUCGAAUGAUGAUGAUGUAGUUCGAUACUUGAUUGAUAAACAAAAGUUUAAUGGUCUCUGGGACCUUGAUUCGCAAGCCGUUCAAAAUUUGACUGGAAAAACGCUUGCUGAAUUUCUUCAGAACAAUAGUCAAAUUGAACAGCAAGUUCUUAUCUCAGCUAUUAUCGUCGUCGUACUAGAAACACGUUUUGCAUCGUUACAAACAUUGUGGCAUGGCAUCGUUCAAAAGGCUCGCAAACGUCUCGUCAACUUACUUGGACCAGAUCCGACAAUUCUUCAUCAACUUCUGGAAAAUAUUCAAAAACAGUUUUAA